UGUAGCUUGGUGAGCCGGCCCGGGCAGCGGCAGUCACCCUGUAGUACCUCUCAAUUACUGUUAGCAGCCAGUCGCACCAGUCGGAGCUCUUGUAUGUUGCUGUGCCGUUGUGUGUUACUUUCUGGCCGUUAACGGGAGCUCACUUCGUCGCCGUAGGUGUAAUGGAACUGGACAAAAUGGACGAGAACGACUGGAAGUAUCACGGAGAGGGAAACAAGAGCCUGGUGGUCUCACACGUACAGCUCUCCAGAGUUCUGCGCCUGCUCAAGUAUCCUGCAGAGGACUCUGAAAACCCGCCACAGACAGUGGAGCAGGCCUACAGGCAGAUCCAGAACAUCGUUGACUUCAGCUCCAACGUGAUGAGCAGCCUGCUGGGAGAGAAGUUCAUCCACAGCGGAGAAGUGGUCAAACUGCCGCUAGAGUUUGUGCGACAGCUGUCAAUCAAAGUUCAACAUCAGAGACCAGCCUGGCGCUGUGAUAAGGUGAUGGACAUCUACAGCGGCUGUGCUCUCUGUCUGCCCAACCUGACGUCUCCAGUCCUCCACCAGCCAACACACACUCCUCCACUCUGCAUCGAGAUCAAGCCUAAAUGUGGCUUCCUGCCGUCCUCCAAACAUGUCAGCAAAGACAUCAAGACCAAAGUGUGUCGAUUCUGCAUGCACCAACACUACAAGGUGGCCAAUGGGAAGUGGAAGAGACGCAGUCUGUACUGUCCUCUCGACCUGUUCUCAGGGAACAGACAGAGAAUGCACUUUGCCAUCAGACACCUGAUAGAAGAACCUCAGAACAACUUCAAAAUCUUCAAGGGCGGUCAGUGUAUUUACAGCAGUAAGGAGGGCAGUGACGACUCGUUAGACCUGAACUCCCUGCUGCACCAUCUCAGACCGUACUUCCUGUAUGGAAACAACAGAAUCAACAGUCACAUGACCAGCAAAGCCGUCCUGAACGACUUCAUUCAGGUUCUGGUGAACGCCCUGCUGAGCGGUGGAGGAGGAGACGGAGGGGUGAUGACGGACAGACGAGGAGAAGGGCGAAGCUUCUGUGAAGCGAGUCUGUUCAACAAAGAAAGAAUUCGCCAUGGCUCUCAGGGUUUACCCAGCGACAGUGUGUUGUUCAGGAUUCUUCAGACUCAGAUGUUGGACACGCAGGACAUUGAAGGACUUUACCCUCUGUACCGUCGGGUGGAGCAACACCUGCAGGACUUCCCCAAGGAAAGAACUCGUCUUCAGAUCGACGGACCGUACGACGAGGCCUUCCUGGAGAAGCUGCAGAAAUGUCCGGCUGAGGAUGACGGCUCUGUGGAGUACGCUGUCGCCAAGGUCCAUCAGUACUGUGCUGCCAUGACUGCCAAGGACUGCUCCAUCAUGGUCGCCCUGGUGCCCAGCAGUGAGGAAGAGGAGGAUGAUGAUGGUCAGCGGCGGCUCAGGGACUUCCUCUCCUCCAGACCUCCUGCUUUCUCCUACUCGGUCUCCAUCUUGGAUCUGGACCCAAAGCCGUUCGACAGCAUCCCCCGCCAGCUGCGCCUGGACCAGAAGAUUGUCUCCUGCUACCUAAGAACUGGCGGUGCCUUGCCAAAGGGCUCUCUGCCGCCGCUCCCCGGCAUCUUCACGGCUGCAGAGAGGGAGGACUGCACGCUGCUCUUCCACCCCGUCUGAACGCCCUGAAGACAAACUGACGCCACGCUGAUGCCUCAAACAGAGGAGGGAUGCCAUGUUGAUGCAGAGGUCUAGAAUCACUUGACACCUGAGCGGGUCAUCAGAGACUCUCCUGCAGCACCUUCUCUUUACUCACGUUAACGGUUACAAAUUCUCAUUGCUGCUGCUGCUGCUGCUCAGCUCAAUUAAGAUCUACGAGCAGGAAGUCGCCAAGAAAUCUCCACACGUCUGAGCGGCUUCCAGAUAUUUAAGUUACUGACUCAGAGCGUUUGUGGGGUCGUUGGUGUGAGCGACUCCUCGCUCCUGUCAGGAGGUGAAUCCCCACGUCGCCACUCUCUUCUGUCAUAAUUCAUAUUUAUUAGAAUAUUUACAGGGAGCUUUUUUUCUUUCUUUUGGUGACAACAGAUUGACCUCCUGAUAGGACUGCAGCGUCUCUCGUUCUCUCUGCUGACAGCGAAGCUCGAGCCGCAUUUCCACACAAACUAGUCUCAGAAAAUACUUUUCAAGGAACUGAAGAUUCGGUCAGCCUGUUGUAGUUUGUGUUUCCACCGUGGUGAAUUCAGUCAGGCAAAUUAGCCUGCUGACGCAUGAAAAAGUGACAACUUCAUUUGCGUUCAACUCAACCAUAACAACAAUGGUUUCUCGAACAACCGGUUGCACGCUUUUUUUCUGUAACUCCACGUUGGUGUGUUGAAGCGCAAUGUCAAAAAAAUCUGAAGGCUGCAGAUUUUUAAAGAUGGUGGCUGAAAAAAAAGAGAUGCAUUUAGCAUAUCAGACCUCACCCCAAAAGUUCCUGUACUUUUUAGAACCUCUUGGGGGGUAAAAUAUAUAAAUAAAUAUCCCGUUUCUUGGGUCAUAUGCAGUAUAAAUAUAAGGUUGAAAAAAAUAUUGAUAUCCGGCAAUGAAUGCACAUUUUCUGCAGAUAUCAGUCAAAUGUUGCAGAUAUUUCAUUUGACUUUAUUGUCUAUAAUGAAAUGAUUCCACUCAAACUGUACUGGGAAUUUAUUUAUAUAUAUUUGUCCCAAGCAUCUUUUGUCAGCAUUAUCUUUAAAAUAUCUGCGAUAGGCCAGUGUCAGCUGACAGUGUUGGUCUGGAUCUUACAAUAACAGACAGAUUCGCGUCUCUGUGGAAACUUCCUGUGGUGGAGAUGCGGCUCCUGUCAGAGAGAAAUAAGGAAGGAGAUUGAAGGUGAAGAAGAGAAAAAGCACGUUGUUGAGCUGUGAUGUACGUAUAAUGAUGUCAUUUCCUGAAUGUAGGCGGGGCCUCUGGUGGAUUUUGGCCGAUCUGAUCCUCAGUCUGUCUGUGUGAGUCUCUGGAUGAGACGUUUCUUGUUCCCAUGAUCCUUUGCAGACAUGGAGUUUCAGUUGUCUGCUGGACACUAUGGAAGGUUUCCUGUCCAAAAUCCUCCUUUUGUGUUGGUUGAAGCUCAUUGUUUUAACUACUGUUGUUGUCAGAUUGAGAUUUGUUUCAGUCGCCGUCUCACACUCCCUCGUUCACUUAUCUGACGACGCGUAGCUUCGUAAAAAUAUGGUUACACUUCCUGCAGAUAUCUGCUCCGUCUCCUGAUCACAAGUAGGACACAAAUUCACCCACAGGUCCGACUUCACCUUUUUGAUUUGUGAUCAGCUGAUGUGACCAGAAGAUUUUAAAGUGGUUGAAACAGAACAGGGAUCUUGUCUCCUCACCAGAGGUCAGCACGUCGACCCGCCGUCGAUCAGUCUGACCCACCAGAGCAAGGGCUGCUGGGUAACAGAGAGCAGUCCUCUUCAGACGGGCCGAGUUUCAUGCUGGUUUUUUGUGCCAUAAGUGGCUUGUUGUGUGUUUGUACAUGUGCCUAAAUGUUCUGGAAUGACUGGAGAAGGGGUGUGUGAGUGUGUGUGUUUGCGUGCGUGUGUGUUGAGAAAACUCACUCUGUUACAGGCUGCAUUCACAGCUUCGAUCUGAGACAAACCCACUCCAGUUUGUCUCUGUUCAGACUGACAUCAGAUCAGUCUGUGGACGCAGCUGUGAAACUCUCAGUACCUCAAACUCCCGACGACCUGAACAGAAGCUCAACGCGGUCGUCUGGUGUUUGAAAAACGAUGCGUUCAGGAGCGCUGCGAGGUUUCCGAGGACGGCCGAGAGAGCCGUGCCCAGUCUUUGUUACCGUGAGCAGAUGUUUGUGUUCGGAUCGUUUUUUUGGGACUCUGUGACUUUCUCUCAUCGUGCUCUCGAACCAGCAGCGCUCACGGAAGCUUCAGAUAAACUGGUAACACUUGACUUCAGUUCUGCUGCUCACCGUCCACUCUCCAAUCUCCACGACCCCCAUCAGCCAAUCAAACUCAAGUAACCAGGUCACACUACAAGACUGAAACGAGACAGAAAAUCUGAUCUCCCUUCACCAGGCAUUGAAUUGAUGGGGUCAGUAGUUCUGUUAAAUCCAAACACUAAAGGUUUGAAGCAAGACCUUUAACCAAUCACAUCAGGCUGGAGAGCGGACAGCAGCCGAACUGAACCAACCACUGAUCGUUCUAACUGUUGAAAUGAAGGCGCGACAGGCAGCGUGACAGGAGAGCAGAGGCUCAUGGGAGUUGGGGGGGGGGGUACCUCUGCAGUCGUAGCGUCGAAGAUUUGAUGUUACUACUAAAUGAAAAUACUAAACAGUUUAACAGCUACACAGACUUUUACACCAAAGCAUCCGAUCACCGUGUCGCAGCUACGUCCCAACACAAAAAAGUUACUCAUUAACAUGUCGCAGCUGUGACACGAGCGGGAUUCUGAUUUAAUAAUCUUGUCAGUGUGAUCUCGAGGACACGGAGCUGCAGUUUGUGUCUCAUCACGAGAUAAAGCCGCCUUAACGUCGUCAUUGGACGAAUGAUCGAGAUGGAAAAACACCCAUGUUUUAGAUUUACAAGUGUUUGUGUUAUCACAUCGGCUCAGGACAAGUUGUAUGACCGCAGUGUCGGGUUAACAACACAGUGCAUUAAUAACGUAACGUAAUCAUUAAAGUAGUGAUCAGGUAUCUGUAACAGACGCCUUCAGCCGACACGAGGCGUCCAUCUUAUUUAGAGCUGCAACUAACGAUUGUCAGUUAAUCUGGAUUAUAUAUGAAACAUCCAAAAACUUAGACAAUUCCUCACGAAAGCAGCAAAUUCUUAGAUGUAAGAAACUAGAAACAGCAAAUGUUUGACUUGGUUACUACAUUUUUUGCUUGGAAAAUUACUAAAUUAUCAGAUUAAUUGGCAACUAAUUGCUUUUUUCUAUUAGUUGUUGCAGCUCUGACGGUAUCAGCUCCUUCAGGUAUUUUCCAAGUUAUUUGGUCAAAUAUAUCUCAGUUUCUAAGUCUGCAGAAAAACAAAUAGAACAAAUAUACAAGAUGAUGUUCUCUUGUUUUGUUGUGGAGCUUUUCACUGUUUUACACAUCAUCAGUAGUUUGGGUUUGUUAGUUGUCAAACAUGGACGAGAAUGUUGUAGCGGUUCCUCAGAAUCUUGGAACGGUUCAAACAUCUGCAUUUUUUGUGACAACUGAGUGAUUCAAGCUCCAGAACAAGACAGAGACAGAAGUCUGAGUUAACGAUUGUUCUGUCGGUUUCAAAGUUAAGAUUACAGCAUAUAAAUGAAGACAUUUAAUAUCCAGAUUGCAUCUUUGUGUGGUUUAAGACAGAAUUCAUGUCUAGUCCACGUGCAGAGAGAGUCUGUUAAAUCUCUUCUAAGUUGUUAAUCGACUGCGCCGAGUUUUGAAAGAUUAUCGGAGAUUAAACACAACACGAUGAUUCAAGACACGAGACGGACACAAACUGUGGUGAAACGCAGCACUGAUAAGAUUAUGUCAAAGAUUACAGAACAGAUGUUUCUAAUCCCAAGAAAACAAACUUCGUCCUCACGUUGAGUCGAAGCUCUGACAGGUGAGCUGGAGUCUGAUUGGUCGUUUGCCUCCGCCUGCUGCCCGAGCGUCGGCGUGCAGAAACAUCACGGCACUGUGAUACUACAGACUUGUAAUAACUGCGUGUGUGUAAAUAGCUGAGAGAAGAAAACUAUUUGAAAAUACAAAGGCGACACUGCUGUCUGGCAUUUUGUAUUUAAAUUAUUUAUUUUUGUAGAUUUUGACCGAUGAGCUCUGCUGUAACAGCUGUCACAGUCGUGCUCUUUAUAUUGAAUAAAGAUUUCUAAGAGACUAA